UAGGGCGUGCGUCCAAGUAGGGUUCCCGGCCCAAAGCACUCGGGGAUCCCUCGCGCUGCGACUUUGGGGGCAAUUAGGAGCGAUGCGGCCGCUGCAGAUUUUGGUGCUGCUUGUGGCGUUAGUUCUGGCCAGCAAGGCUGUGCAGGCUGGAUACAGCAUCGAGACUGCUGGUCUGAAGGUCAUCUUUCCGCCCGAUAACAAGAAGACCGUGCAAAUGGCGAUGGCGGACUUCGGGAAGCCCCGCUAUGGCGCUACUAUGAUAGGCAACCUGAUUUACCCGAGCAGCCAGCCGGGAUAUGGUGGCUCUUCUGGCUACACCUGCUUCCCGGAGGACUGCCAGUAUGGCUGCCAAAACUUCAAUGCUAGCAAGCCGGUCUUCAAGAUUGACCGGCAGCCGGGCCAGUUCUACAUCAUGCUCCUGGACCGCGGGCCGCGCAACCAGGAGGGCCACACCGCCUGCUACUUCCUGGACAAGGUGUUCAACGCCCAGGCGGCAGGAGCAGACGCGGUACUGGUGGCCAACGACGCGCCCGGCGAGCUGUCCACCGCGGUGGCGCCCGAGGACGACGACACAGCCAAGGAGCUGCAGUCGCUCACCAUCUCUGCCGCCAUGAUCAGCCUGGACGACGCCAACCUGCUGCGCAAGCUGAUGCUGGCCAACCCGCAGGUAACGGUGAUGCUCAACUGGACGAGCGUUGUGCCGAAAUCCAGUGUGGUGUCGUGGGAGUUCUGGACCAACAGCAAUGACGACUGCGGCUUCAGCUGCAGGGAGCAGCUCAAGUUCAUUGCGGACAUGAAGGACAAGGCGCAGGCACUGGAGACCGCCGGCAAAGUCAAGUUCAGCCCCCACUACCUGCUGUGGAACUGCCCCGCCGCGUUCAUCAACACCACGGAGUGCCAGACCGAGUGCAUCAUGAACGGCACCUACUGUGUGCCAGACCCCGACGACGACCCCACCAAGGGCUACAGCGGCCGAGACGUGCUGGCGAUCAACAUGCGCCAGCUGUGUUUCCACCGCCUGGCCAGUGCCGCGGGCAAGGCGCAGCUGUGGUGGGACUACGCCACGCGCUUCGCAGCCAACUGCUCCAUGGCCGCCAAGACCUACACCGUGGAUUGCGCCGUGGGCGUGUUCGAGUCCCUGGGGGGAGCCGACCUGGCGCCGGGCCAGACCGGGCGUGCGGUGUGGGACGCCUGUGCCGGCUUCAACGAGAGCGCGGCCCUGGCGGCGGCCGCCACCAACCCGGCGGCGCUAAAGAUUCCCGUGCUGGAGGACGAGCUCGCCAACCAGCGCGGCAACGACAGCCUGGGCAUCAGCGGCGUGUCCAUUCUGCCCACGGUGCGCAUCAACGGGCGGCAGUACCGCGGCAGCCUGGACGUGGGCGGCGUCAUGCGCGCCAUCUGCUCCGGCUUCCCGGCGGGGCAGGAGCCGGCCGUGUGCAACCAGGGCUGGGUGUCGGAGGACGAGUGCGCGCCGGGCGGCGUGGGCUACCUGGCCUGCAUGAGCGGUGACGGCGGUGUGGCCGGCAAGACCAAGUGUGUCAACACCUUCCAAGGCUACAGCUGCGAGUGCAAGGACGGAAUGUACAAGUACGUCAACCCCAUGACUGGGGAGGAGCGCUGUGAAGAUGUGAACGAGUGCCUGGCCACCAACGUGCCCCUCACCGACCCCGCCUGCGCCUGCCCGCGCUGCGCCUGCGUCAACAAAGUGGGCAGCUACAAGUGCACGGGCCCUCUUGAGAACAAGUGCAAGGCGGAGCUGAACUGGGGCGGGUGCUGGAGCGGCACAGUCAAGGGCGAGACCUUCACGUCGUGUGUGGACACGGUGUGGGAGUUCCAGCGCAUGGCGGCGCGCGGCCUGGCCAACGAGACGAGCCCCUGGUUCAAGUGCGAGUGCCCCAAAUGCUUCCGUGCCACCGCCACCAACACCUGCGAGCCGGUGUGCGACCUGGACCAGUGCGAUCGCAACACCGGCUACUGCUCACCCAAGGGCGGCGGUGGCAGCAAGACGGAUAGCACCGGCGGCGGUGGCGGCGGCGGCAGCUCCAAGAGCGGCGUGUCGGUGGGCGGCAUCAUCGGCAUCGCGCUGGCCUCCGCCGCGCUGACGGGCGGCCUGGUGCUGGCGGCCAACCGCUACCUGAUGAAGCAGCGCAUGGGCGACGAGAUACGGGACAUCAUGGCGCAGUACAUGCCGCUGCAGGAGCGUGAGCGCAACGCGCUGCUGGCGGCGCGCGCCGGCGGCGGCGGCCGCGCGGGCCGCGGCCCUGGCGGCGGCAUCCGCCCGGACGAGGACUCCGACGACGACGGCAAUGGGGUGGGCGCCUACGGCUGGCCGGGCGCGCCACACAGCACGGCGGCGGCGCCCCCCGGCGGCUCACUGGGCCCGCUGGGGCCGCCCGCGCCCGCCGCGCCCACGCUGGCGGCGGCAGGCCAGCGGGCGGUGUGGGGCCCGCCGCCCGUCAACGCCGCAGCGCCGCCGCACAAGCCCGCUGCGGCGUCGUCGGCGUCGGCGCGGCCCGCCGCCGCGUCAGCGGCGGCGGCGCGGCCGGCGGCUGACGUGUUCACGUUGGGCGAGGCGCCCAUGCUUCCGUCCUCGACGGCGGCGCGCGCCGCCAGUGAUGCGGACCCGUUGUUGGGUCUGGAGAUGGGUGCCGGCGUGGCUAGCCCGCUGGAGCAGGCGGGGCCGAAGCAGGGAGGCAAGCCCGAGGACAACCCGUUCCUCUGAGGGCGCACACGCGGCACAGGUUUUGAUACACACAAGACUGAUGGCGACGCGAAGCAACAGGCCAUGCGACGUGAUGCGACGUGACGUGACGGAGGGGGAGGGAUUCAUCUUGCACACGUGCACCCGCGCGCUCUGGUGUGCCCGGCGUGCGACGGAGAGCGCACGUGUAGCAGUGGGGUGGGGAAAUGUGACUGAGUGGGGGGUGGUGUCGGGGACGGGUAGCAGCUAACAACGUGGGGUUACAAGGAUAAAGGUUACAAGAAUUCGUGCGCUAGCGCAGUGCUUAGUCUGUGCCUGGUGGGCAUAAAAUGGACAGGGCCAUUGAGUGGCCCAGUCCAUGUGCAAGGCUAUGAAUGCAAUAUUUGCAACAUGACGGACAGGUUGAUUGGGUUGUCGCUGUAAGCCUGCAGCGCGAUGCAACGUGUAACCGCAAGCGGAG